UCUGAUCACUGUAAUUAAUUUCGGGAUGACAUAUGAAGAAAAUCUCAUAUGAAGCAAAGAAAGAUUAUCUAUCACAGCUCUUAGAUGAAUCUUCAUCCGAUAUAACGGCUGUUCUGAGAAUUAAUGCUAUAACAAAGUAUGGAUUAGUGAAUGAUGAAAUAAGGAAAAGAGCAUGGCCAAAGCUUUUAGACGCAUCAUAUAGAGAAAACGAUAUUAUUAUAACAAAUAGGAAUGAUUAUGAAAAUCAUUUCUAUUACAAUCAAGUUGUUAUGGACAUUGAGAGAACAUUGAAACGUUUUCCACCAGGACUUGACCCAUCAGAACGCUUGGUGUUGCAAAACAAAGCCAUAAAUAUCAUAAUGAGCAUUUUGUAUGAAAAUGAUGAUAUACAUUACUAUCAAGGUUAUCAUGAUAUAGCUAUAACAAUUAUUCUUGUGCUAACGGAAGAAAAGCCAUCAUUAUUUAUCUUGAAGCAAAUCACUCCCAAAUUUUUGAAAGAUUUCACUGGUCCUACAGGUUCUUCGGGCUUAGAAUUUGCCUUGUCCUACACUUAUCCCAUAAUAGCUUGUUCAAACCCACGCCUUGCUCUUUUUUUGGAGAAUAAAAUGGACCUAAACCCGCCUCUGUUCUGUCUGCCCCAAAUGAUUACUUGGUUUGCCCGGGCAUCCCACACUGCUUCAUGCAAUAACGUUAAUCAUAGGCAGAUAUACCCCAAUCAAGCAGUGGCUUCUCGCGUUUUCGAAGUAUUCGUGGCUACCCGAGAUCCUAGGGCUCCUCUUUACCUAUGUGCUGCUCAGUUGAUAUCUUCGCCAAAAAUCAAAGAUUUUUUAACCCAUGAAGCAAUGGUCAAUGCUGAGUCAAUUAGAGACACGAUUGACGACCUAUUGGACAAUGACAUGAAUAUACCACCGAAGGAUCUCACGGAGAACCAAGAAGAGAUCUCCGACCCGGCUGUGAUACAUAGUCAGUUGAUGUCCUGUCUUUCUCAGAUUGGGAUGGAUGGGGAGGAAGGACUCGAAGGAGUGUUAAGUAGAGCCUGCCAAAGCAUGGUUCUUUUCCCGUCUGUUAAGAUGGAAAGCGCUAGGAAGGCCUACGCGGAUAGAUGUUCUCAAAGGGAGACUAAAGAAAAAUUAGCCCGCGAGGAAAGAAACGCCAAUUUUACCCAAAAUCAAAAACGUCGAAGAACUGCCAAAGAUAAAAUUAUACCAUUGCCCUUGAACCCGUUUUUUAUAUCUUCUUUUUUCAUUCUACUAUUCGCCAUAGUUAUAGGAAUUUAUAUGUAUUCACGUAAUCACCCAGAAAAUCGUAAGGCUAAUAAUAACAUAACUACAAAUUUUACAGAUAACAAUUUAAUUCUGGGUUUAUAAUUGUUAUAGAAUUAGUUUUUAUGCCAACCCAACGCCCUCGUUCAUCAAUUGGCAUGUUUUAAAAUAUAAACUCACUAGUCAUCAUAACUAAACCUUUCGGCCACAAUAUUUAUUUUAAAAUUCCAUUCCUUUUCUUAGAAAUCAAAAGAUGGCUUGAAAAAGAUUAUACCAAAAUUUGGACCAAUUUAUUUAAUGAAUGCCUAUUAUAUAUAUAU